AUGGUGCCCAAAGUUAUCAUGACUGUUGUUUUCUAUAUUUUCCUCUCUCUACAAUUGCGCCUUUCAAUAGCGCAAACGAAUUGGAUCGGGGUUGGUUAUUACUUGUAUUCAUCAGAAUAUGAAAGCCCCAUUUCGGACAUAAAUUCUGCUCUCUUCACUCACAUUAUUUGUGCUUAUGCUGCUGUGAAUUCAACGUCCUACCAGCUCUCUCUAUCACCAGCUGAAGAGGAACAUUUCUCCAACUUCACACAUACUGUGAAACAGAAGAACCCAUCAGUCACGACACUGCUAUCUGUUGGGGGUAAAGAUACAAACUAUUCAACCUUUUCUUCAAUGGUAAGCAAUUCUUCUCACAGAAAAACCUUUAUUGAUUCCACAAUAAAAAUAGCCAGACUUUACGGUUUUCUAGGCCUAGACUUUGCUUGGCAUUAUCCAAGCACAAGCUCAGAUAUGUUCAAUAUGGGAGUUCUCUUUCAACAGUGGAGAGCUGCUAUUGGUUUAGAGGCGACGGUCUCUCAACAGUCCCAACUGAUCUUGACAGCAAGGGCUAAAUAUUCACCAUCGCUGCCCUCAGGUGCACGCUACCCUAUAGAGACGAUGCAACAACAUUUGAAUUGGGUCCAUGUUGUGUCUCAGGUUUACACUCAACCUAUUUUAAAUAACCUUACGGGCGCUCAUGCAGCUCUGUAUGACCCAAGUAAUUUUGUUAAUACGGAUUUCGGUAUAAGAGAAUGGAUCAACGGAGGAUUAUCAGCUAAUAAAUUGGUUUUGAGUUUGCCUUUUUUUGGCUUUGCAUGGACACUAGAGAACCCUUUGAACAAUGGUAUUGGUGCUUCAGCAAAGGGACCUGCCAUUAAAUUACCAGUUGGAGGGGUAACCUAUAGGGAAAUCAAGAACUACGUUGAGCAAUAUGGUCCUGCUGUUCAUGUUAGGUACAAUUCAACUUAUGUGGUAAAUUACUGGACAAAAGGAACAACUUGGAUUGGGUUUGAUGAUGUUGAGGCUAUAAGAGCUAAGGUUUCUUAUGCCAAGGAGAAGAAGUUACUUGGCUACCAUGUGUGGCAAGUCUCCUAUGAUGUUAAUUGGGUGCUUUCUAAAACUGCAGCUGGAGUAGACAUAAAUAAUUCUUCAGUUCAGGAGUAUAAUAAAAUUGGACAAAAAAAUAAGAGGCCUUUGUUAGUAAUCGUUCUGUCUACAAUGGCUGCUUUUGCUCUUCUAUUUGGAAUAUUUGUGAUAUUUUACGUCUGCUGGAGGAGAAAUCUCAAAUUUAAAGAAUCCAGAGAUAAAGCAAGUAAAGUAGCAUCUGCAGGGGAUUUUAAUAGCAACAUUCCUAAUCUGAUAGAAUAUACUUUGGCUGAUAUAGAGGCAGCAACCAAUGGAUUUUCUUUUGAAAAUAAGCUUGGCCAAGGUGGAUAUGGUCCUGUUUACAAGGGAAUGCUACCAGAUGGACUAGUAAUAGCAGCUAAAAGACUUUCAAAAACAUCCAUGCAAGGAUUUGAGGAAUUCAAGAAUGAGGUUAUGCUUACCGCCAAGCUUCAACAUGUAAAUCUUGUCUGAGUUUUGGGUUUUUGUAUUGACCAGGAAGAACAAAUACUCAUCUACGAGUACAUGGAAAAUAAAAGCUUAGACUCUUACCUUUUCGACCCCGUUAAACGCUUUAUUUUGGAUUGGGAAAGGCGUGUGCAUAUUAUUGAAGGAAUUACUCAAGGGCUUUUAUAUCUCCAAGAAUAUUCAAGGUUGACUAUCAUUCAUCGAGAUUUAAAAGCUGGCAAUGUAUUAUUAGAUAGAGAAAUGAAACCUAAGAUAUCAGAUUUUGGAAUGGCUAGAAUAUUUGAUAAAGAUGAUUUUGAAGUAAACACAAGUCACAUUGUUGGAACACGUGGUUAUGUUCCUCCUGAAUACAUCCAAAACGGCAAAUACUCAACUAAAUCUGAUGUUUAUGCUUACGGAGUUCUACUUCUACAAAUCAUCAGUGGCAAAAAGAUUUCAUUUUUAUAUGGUUUGAAUGAAAAUCUGAGUCUUCUUGACCAUGCAUAUCAGCUAUGGAAAGAUGGUAAAGGCAUGGAAUUAAUGGAUGAAUCACUAGACGAUACGUAUUCAUCCUGCAAAUUGAUGACAUGCUUGCAAAUAGCUCUUUUAUGCGUCCAGGAAAAUUCAAUUGAUCGACCAUCUAUGUUGGAAGUUUCUACGAUGCUGCUAAAAAAUGAAAACAAAAAUAUAAUGAUUCCAAAGAAGCCUGCCUUCUCAAAUCAAAAUGAACAAAAUAAAUCUAUAGCUACUUUUCAAGAGCGUUUCUCAACGGAUCCUCAUCAAUCUGGCUCCGGUGCUGCCAAGGACAGGAUCAAGGUUGGGGAUGGUGCCAGGGAAUUGUCUGACUAUGGGCCUCCUCAAAACACAAGAGAUAAUGCUCAUACUGGCAGUGGCAAGUCCAGGGGAGAAAGGUUAAUAUAA